AUGGCGCGAGUGAAGAACAAGCAGCCUGCGCCUGUCCAGAUCACUGCCGAACAAAUCCUCAGAGAGGCGAAAGAAAGACAAGAGGAAGACCCGAAACCUCCCAAGCAGAAGAUCACUGACCCCGAUGAGCUCGCAGACUAUCGGCAACGCAAGAGGAAGGAGUUUGAAGAUGGCAUCCGCCGCAACCGCAACGCGAUCCCUCUUUGGGUCAAGUAUGCCAUGUGGGAGGAAACGCAACUUGAGUUCGACAGGGCGAGAAGUGUGUGGGAGCGAGCGUUGGAAAUAGACUCACGGAAUGUCACUAUCUGGUUGAAAUAUGCGGAGAUGGAGAUGAGACAUCGAAACAUCAACAGAGCUCGCAACAUCUGGGACCGAGCUGUGGCUAUCCUUCCGAGAGUGGAUCAGUUCUGGUACAAGUAUGCAUACAUGGAAGAGAUGCUUGGAAACGUGGCUGGAGCGCGGCAGAUCUUCGACCGGUGGAUGCAGUGGGUGCCGGAGGACAACGCGUGGACCUCAUACAUCAAGAUGGAGUUGAGAUACCGCGAGGUGGAGAGAGCUCGCGAGAUCUUCGAACGAUUCAUCUCUGUGGCCCCUAAGGUGAGCACCUGGAUGAAGUACGCCAAGUUCGAGACAAAGCAUGGAACCAUCCCUCAAGCGCGAAAUGUCUACGAGAGAGCCAUCGAAGACCUCGGCGAGUUUGCCUACGAGCCUGAGCUGCUGCUCGCAUUCGCCAAGUUUGAAGAGCAGGUGAAGGAAUCAGAGAGGGCGAGGGCGAUCUACAAGUUUGCGUUGGACAACAUCCCGAAGAGCAAAGCGAAUGAGUUGUACCAAGCGUUUGUCGCAUUCGAGAAGCAGCAUGGCGACAGGGAAGGGAUCGAAGACGUCAUCGUGUCCAAGCGACGCUUCCAGUACGAGGAGGAGGUGAAGGAGCAUCCCUAUAACUACGACGCUUGGUUCGACUACGUGAGGCUCGAGGAGGCCAAUGGAGACGCGGAGAAGGUGCGGGAAGUAUAUGAGCGAGCGAUCGCUCAGAAACCUCCAUCCAUGGAGAAGCGAGCAUGGAGAAGGUACGUCUACCUCUGGAUCUACUACGCUGUCUUCGAGGAAGUCUCGCUCAAGGACGUCGAGCGAGCGCGACUGGUGUACCGGGAGGCACUCAAAGUGAUACCUCAUAGCACCUUCACAUUCGCCAAGCUCUGGGUCAUGGCCGCUCAACUCGAAAUCCGGCAGAAGGACUUGGCGGCCGCACGAAAGGUGUUGGGCCGAGCGAUCGGAACUGCACCGAAGGAAAAGAUCUUCAAGAGCUACAUAGAGAUGGAGCUUCAGCUUGGCAACAUCGACAGGGUCCGCAUGAUCUACGAGAAGCAGCUCGAGUGCUUCCCUGCCAACUGUCGGGCAUGGACUGCGUUUGGAGAGCUCGAGCAAUCGCUUGGGGAGUUGGAUAGAGCUCGUGCAAUCUUCGAGCUGGGCAUUUCUCAGUCGCUGCUGGACAUGCCAGAGGUGCUGUGGAAGGCCUACAUCGAUUUUGAAGUCUCGGAAGGAGAGACACAGAGGGCGCGGGCCUUGUACAGCAGACUCCUGGAGAGAACCUCGCAUGUCAAGGAGGAGCGCGUGCUACUUUUGGACUCUUGGCUGGCGAUGGAGGAGGGCCUCGGAGAGGCUGGCGAUCCUGAAAGCGUCCGGGCAAAGCAACCGAAGCAGAUCAAGAAGAAGCGACCGAUCCAGAACGAGGAGGGGCAGACGACAGGCUGGGAGGAGUACUUCGACUACAUCUUCCCGGACGAGCAGAAGCCGCAGGCUCUCAAGAUCCUCGAGAUGGCGCACAAGUGGAAAAAGCAGAAGACAGACGAAUAG